AUGGGUGAAAUUUGGUGGUCAAUUUUGGGGGCAGCGAUCCCCGUAGUUAUUGCAGGACAAGCUUUUAGAGUGAAGAAAAAGAAUGCGGAAGAGGAGAAGUUGAAGAGUGCAAGAGGAAGAGAAAGGAGUUCUGAUGAAAUUUUUGUCUGUGAAAGGGUCUGCACUUCAAAGAGGAUGUUGAAAAAGGUUGGCUCAUUCUCAAAAGAUCCCAUUCCGGAUACUUGUGUUACUGUUUGUGGUGUGUCCGAUCUAGACGCAUGUGCCGAUGCUUGUGCUCGCACCGUUUGUGUUAACCAACAUCAAGUUCCGAAUUGGAAUGACAUUUGCCUUAGGAGAUGCCAGACUGAAUGUCUUAAACUUUCUUCUCAGUCUUCUUAG